CAAUGAAUGAAAAAUAAUUUUGUUCUAUUCAACAUGUUUUAAAACUCAAUUUCUUUUCAAAAUACAUAUUACCAUUUAUUUUUUUCGGACUGUACAGCAAAAUUUGCAGUAAAUGACGGAUCGUACACGCGUAAUGCGCGCAACACGCGCAUCUCGACGCAGAUCACGUUAUGGAUCAACGAGAUUAGGGGAUGAAGAAGUAGACGAAUCUCGAUUUCUUAUUGGACUUGUUGCUGAAGAGGAAAUUACACUGGGAUUUUUGUUAGCCGGCAUUGGAGAGUGUCCUUACCGCAUUGUAUCCCCAAAAAAUUACCUGGGUGUGAAAAAAGAUGAGAAUAAUGGAUAUAUUUGCAACAAAGGACGUUGUAAAGACAAAAUUUUGGAAGCUCACAUAGGCAAUUUGGAAAGGCAUUUGAAGAACCUUCAUUCAGAUCUCUAUGCGGAAUAUAUUCGUGAAAAAGAUACCUCCAGUAUACGUUCCACUCUCCCAGAAAUAACAAUUGAAGAAGCUAUUGUGCAGCAUUUUACUGGAAAUAUGAGGCCUUUCUACAUGCUCGAGGAUACAACAUUUAAAGUAAUGACUAAACUAGUAUGGAGUGGUAUAAUAAUAAAAAUUAAUGAACACAACAUUGAUGAGCGUAUUUUAAAAUAUUCCACAAAAAUUAAGGACCAAAUUAUUGAAGACUUAAAAGGAAAGCUCAAUUAAAUAAAAAUUGGUAUAGCAU